AUGCAAAAUGUGUUUUUUUUUUCCGCUGAAAAGGUGUCAUGGAUUCGUCACCGAGACCUGCACAUUUUAACUGUCGGCGGAUAUACGUAUACAUCAGAUCAGCGGUUUCAAGCAACUCAUUCUGCACACACAGACGACUGGACGCUACACAUCAAGUGGGCGCAGCAGCGAGAUGCUGGCGUGUAUGAAUGCCAAGUGUCUACGCAGCCAGUUCGCUCGUUCUUCGUCACUCUGCACGUUGUCGAUCAUAAGGAAAAAGGCUCUAAAUGUCACGGCGGUGGCUGA